GGCUACAAGAGGGGUUCAACGCCAACAAGGAACUUUAAUAUUUUCAUAUUUGUUUCUACCUCCGUUGAUAUUGAACAGGCCGGAUUGUGCCGACGAUAACAGUUACACUAGGAGGACGAGUCUUUCCUAGCUGUAUAAUAGAGGUUGGCAAGGAUGAGGUUGAUGUAUGUGGGCCUCCUGGUCCUGUUUGUGGCCUCUGUGAGAACAGAGGAUGAGGCUGAAGGCGAGGACGGUGUUGAGUUUGAAGAUAACACAAUAUUUAAAUGUGUGGUUGAGUCCUGCUCCGGAUGACGAUUGAACAAGCUCCCUGAGGUGAAGAACUUCAUCUACGGGGAUCUGGAGUCUAAGUAUGAGAGGACCGUGUUCAAGAAAGUCCCCGGGAAGUCUCCGGAGGCCAUUUUCUACAACCAGGCUGGGAAGGAGCUAGAGAGAUUAAACAUUGAAAAGUUCUCCAGGGAGGAGCUGAACCAGAUGAUGGUAUCUAAGGGACUACCCAAGAAGUCUGGUCAUGACGAAGUGUAGAAGAACAACUUCAUGAAUUGCACCGGUGAGAGGAGGGGAGGGUUGUUCCUGUGCACUAUGACGGGUAGAGUUGAACAAGUUUUUAAACUUCUCUUUACCCUGAUAAUUACGCCAGUACACCCUACCCAGCCUUUGCACUUAACCCGUUUCCAACUAUGUACUGUAUGUACGCAUGUUUAAAGCAUUUAUAUUCAGUCAGAAACAAAAUAAAUAAAAAUUAUGUAU